ACCAUCUCUGGAGAAUCACAGAAUUGUUUAAGUUGGAAAAGACUUUUAAGAUCAUCAGGUGCAAACCUUAACCUAACACUGCCAAGCCCACCACUAAACCAUGUCCCUAAGUACCACAUCUCCACAUCUUUUAAAUACCUCUAGGGAUGGGAACUCCACCACUUCCCUGGACAGCCUGUUCCAAUGCUUGACAACUCUUUCUGUGAAGUGAUAUUUCCUAAUAUCUAUUUUAAACCUUGCAACUUGAGGCCAUUUCCUCUUUUCCUGUCACUUUUUACUUACAAGAAGAGACCAACACCCAUCUCACUACAGCCUCCUUUCAUAUAGCUGCAGAGAGCAAUAAGGUUGCCCCUAGGCCUCCUCUUCUCCAGAAUAAACAGUCCCAGUUCCCUCAGCUGCUCCUCAUAACCCUGUUUACCAAAGGAUGUACCCUGCAACCCCAGCCCAUGGGUGCUGCCACACAGCAGAGGGCUGAUAGGGUCUGUUGCCUGCGGGACACCCUGUACUCCCAGUCCAUGAGGGAGACAGAGCUCCUGUACGGGAGGCAGUGCAUGUGAGUCAAGCCAUGGAUGGAUCCCACCACACUUACCUCAGAUGGUCCUUGGGGCUCACUACUCAGACAGGUGACCCAUGACACUCUGUUGUUUCCAUCUGAGGUGGACACCAAGCCACCUGUCUCCAUCUAUAGGAGCCAGUCAGGGCUUUCUACCUCACCCAGUGAAGGCUGCGCAGUCCAUCCUGCUGGUAGCAAGGCUAGUGAGAGGUGCUGGAUCUUUCAUAUCUUGAUUUCGGACUUCAACACCUACCACAUCUCUGAGAGACAGAGAUGGAAAUAUGCAUACCUAGCCAUCUUGUCUCCUACCUCUCCUCCUAACACCUGCUUGUGGAUGACUAAGCUUGGAUGGACCCAGGACAUGGCCCUGGGCAACCUGCUUUGAGGAAGGGGUUGGAUUAAAUCUUCAGAGGCCCCUUCCAAACUUAUCCACUCUGAACAAGGCCAUCAUCCUGGGCUCCCAGUCAAAAAUAUCUCACAGCAUCUGUCUCAAUUUGGGAAAUGCAUCUGCAGCUCCCACAGCCUUUCCUCUGUGGUCUCCUCACACAUGUCUUUCCUGGCCUUAAACACCUGCAGUGACCCUCCAGUCCAUAUUUCACUGGAGUGUUUCGUAGCAGUGCACUUCCCUCCCCUCUUCCACAACACCCUGCAAAUGCCAGAUGGUAUCUGAGAGUCUGAUGAGCAUGUGGUUCAGAGACAUUUUAUGUGGCCCCUGCCUCAUGUGGUGAUGGUUUGUCCUCCAUGACACACAAGUGUGGGGGGUUUUGGGUGCCUAGUUGCCUCUUGAAGGCUGUGAUUGGCACACACAUCUCUGUGGUUAUAGGGUGGCUGGUAAGUAAGCCUUGUGGUGGAGCAGAGUGUGAGUGGGUCUCAUCUCCAGGGUGUGCUGUUGUGUCCUCUCCCCUACACAGCCCUGCUGGACAGCUGUGCCAAAGUACUUCCUUGGGUUGAUGCCACCUGAUGCCUCUUGAGCCAGGGAUACCUGGGCCAUAUCACCAUCCUGCCAUCCGUCGCUCACCUUGCCGGUGCCUGUAUGUGCUCACCCUGAGCUCAAGCCAGCAGGCUUCCCUUCUCUCACAGCUCGUAUGUUUUAAUAGCCAGUGAUCUCUCCAUCACGCUGUUUUAUGAGCCUCCAGCCACUGUUAGCAUCACUGCAAUGAAGUGUUACAGCUGGUCAAGUACUAGGGGUAAGUGGGCAGUGAGACAAUUCCCCACUAGCUAUAUUGCGUGCUGAUUAUCGACAGCAAUUGAGUAGCCCAGCACUGAGCCCUUUGUGUCUUACAGCUUUCUGUUUCCCUUCCACUUCUGUCAGUGUAGGGUCUGACAAGUGAGUCUCUUUAUUACUCACAUGAGAUGCCAAGGCAUUGGUUUGGUUGCCAGCCUGAGGCUCUCGUGUGCUUUGGAUGUGCCUGUGCUCCAGAUGUACCGGUGCUCAGACAGAAGCACAGCCUGAAACCCUGACACUGGCACCAUUGUGCCUAUCGCCUGCUCCCUCCCUGCCCCAAGCACCAUACCCAUCCCAAGAGGGCUUUUGGGUGCAGCAGUAUCCGUGUGAGGAGGGUUGGGGAGACUUUCUGCAGCCUAGAGAGGGGCUACACGACAUUCCAAGCUGCUUAGUGUGACCACCUCCCUGCCCAGAGCUGUGCAAGCACGACUCCACUCAGCAUUCAGCUCGGGGGCCCUGCAUCUCUAGCUGCACAGGAUGAUCUAACACCAGAUAGCUCAUCUCCUUGGCCUUGCUUAGCUUUGGUUUCAGCACAGCUUUUCACAUCCACAGUUGCUGAGUACCACUGCUAGCCCCAUUUGGUCAGCAGAUUGACGUUCAAGACCAAACUGACACGAAAUCUCCUAUGUGCGAGGGGGAGGUGCCAUAGAAACCCUCGAAUGCCAAUAAGCUGCUGGUGCUGGUCACUUGCCCUGCACAUGCAGCCUGUGACAGUCCUCCAGCACCACUGGCUGGCCCUGCUCCUCCUGGCUGGGUUGCACGGCUGUGCAGCCCCCCUUCCCCUCCUCCCCGGCCCUGCCUCCAGUGGGACCCACAGCUGAUCUUGUUAAACCUGCAGGCUCUCUGUUAAGGUCUGGAAGAAGGCUGUUGCUUGAGCUGCUGGAGGACAUGAGUCCAGUCUUGCUCCUCCUCACUUGCUUGCAUGUUGGGACUACUGCUGCUGACCACCUCUCCCUGGUCUCUGCUGAGGGGUCUCAGAACAUCACACAACAUCUACACAUCAGGACAACGAAUGCAUCCAACAACUGCAGUGUCGCAAAUCUAGAACUCUAUCGCAAUGUUCGUCUCAUUGAAUUUGCUCUGUAUAUCCUCAUUUUCUUUUUUGGAGCGCUACUUAAUGCCCUCGCCCUCUGGGUGUUCUUCUGCAAGAUAAAAAAUUGGACAGAAACCAGAGUGUAUGUAAUUAAUUUAGUCCUUGCAGACUGCUUCGUUAUCUGUACCUUGCCUUUCAGGGCUUAUUUGAUCUGGAAUAAGUCAACUCGAGAUGAACUCUGCCAGUUUGUAGAGGCAAUGUAUUUUAUCAACAUGGUAGUGAGCAUCUACAUAAUUUCAUUUAUUUCCAUUGAUCGAUACAUUGCCAUAAAGCACCCACUGAAAGCCAGGACCUUCAGGUCACCAUCAAAGGCUGCACUUCUCUGUGGGCUUCUGUGGGUCUCCGUGAUAACUGGUGCCACCUUACGUCUUCGGCAGAGACAUGCUGCUCUUUGCUUUCAGAAGGAUACUACCGCACCUGCUACUCUGAGCCUGCUUACCAUUUUCUUCGUUUUUACUAUUCCAUUAGCAAUCCUGAGUUUUUGCUCCACAGAAGUCAUCAGGAACCUUAAGAGACAUCUGAACACAGAUUCACCAGAGAAUAAAUUAAUCCAGAGAGCUGUUUACAUUAUUUACGCAAAUCUGAUUGUAUUUCUAAUAUGUUUUCUGCCAGCCUACCUUGGGUUGCUUGCCGGAUUCAUAAUGGAGAAGGUCGGAGCUGCCUGUUUCCUGAUCCAGGUUAUUAGGAACUUCUCCUCUGUGACGAGGUGUGUUGCCACAUCCAACUGUUGCCUGGAUAGCAUCUGCUACUAUUUUGUGAGCAAAGAGUUCCAUGAAGCCCUUCUACUGCACAAGCCAAACACUGAAAAAACAGACCAAAUCCACUCCAUGCAGACACACACUUGUUAAAGGAAGAGGGGACACACACACACACACACACACACACACACACACACAAACAAAAGACCAAACCCCAAAAAACUCACAACAACUCUAUAACAUCAGGAGAAGAUACAUCUUCAGUCUUAGUGGGAUGAAUGUUGCUCUUUCUCUUGAGGGAGAUCUUUGUUAGGUUUAGCAUUACUAAGUUAAUUGUGAUUUAUACUCUAGGCUUCUAUAAAACAAAGAAGUUGUAUCACAGAGACCUGUAAAAGUGUACAUGUAAUUGCUACUUGUUAAUGUGUCUCGAUUUCAAGGACCAGCACCUAGUUGUUACUCUUAUGCGAAGACAGGUGACCCAUCUAUGUCUCCCUGAUUUGGUGCAUUGUGCAGCUAAAGUAAAUUGAUCCUUAUUGCCAACAUGUACAAAAAACAUAUGAUGUUUCACUUCAUUGUGUACUUCAGGUUGUUUAUAUUAUUAAAA